AUGGCUGUCCAAGGGACCCACGAUAACUCACAGCAUCAGGCCCAGAGGGCUCUUGAGCAUGAUAUGGGCAAGUCCGAAAUGAAAGGUCACAAUUCAUACCCGGACUAUGCGGCAUUUGCGCAGGAAGCAAAUCCGCAGAUGAUCAAGCAGUUGGAGACCAACCCCAUUACCGAAGAGCAUCUUACUCACGAAGUCAGAGCGAUAUAUGAUGGGCUCGUCAAAGUGGAGAAAAAGUGCAUCGAAGUUAUCAAAUAUCUUUCGCAGAUGGGCUUAAGGACGGAAUUAUCACAGGAUCAGUGGAGCACAGUCAUCUCCCUGCACCGAAUGCUCCUCCAUGAGCAUCACGAUUUUUUCCUCGCUUCUCAACAUCCUUCGGCCAGUCCGGCAGUGAAGCAUCUCGCAGAAAAGUAUGCUAUGCCUGCACGUAUGUGGCGAUAUGGGAUCCAUUCUUGCUUGGAACUGUUGCGCAAAAGACUGCCUGCCUCGCUAGAUCAUAUGUUAGCCUUUAUAUACCUCUCAUAUUCGACAAUGACACUCCUUCUGGAGAGUGUCCCGCAUUUCAGGGGAACUUGGAUCGAAUGUUUAGGGGAUCUAGCUAGGUACCGGAUGGCUGUGGAGGACACAGAUGUGACGGAUCGCGAUAUCUGGGCAGGAGUCUCAAAGUAUUGGUAUAACCAAGAUACUGAUGCAUGUCCUGAAACUGGUCGAAUCCAGCACCACCUUGCUGUGCUUUCUCGUCCGGAUACUUUGCAGCAGUUCUUUUACUACACGAAAGCGUUGAUCAGUGUGCGCCCAUUUGCAAAUGCGCGGGUGAGCAUAGCUCAGUUGUUCAAUCCUAUCUUGAGUGCACCGGCUGAUAGACACACUCUGAUCACUUCUUUUGUGGCUGCUCAUGGUGCUCUUUUUAUGCGCAUGCCAGUUGAGCAUUUUGUUGCUCGGUCGAAGUUCUUCCUUUCCAAUCUGCGGCAGGAGGUUAGCCGGCUAGGCCGAGAGGGACAGCAAGGCGUCUUUAUCACAUCCUGUAAUAUCGCUGCGAUUUUUCAGUAUGGCGAUAACGAUGGAGUCUUUGCUACGGAGUUUACAUUUGACGAAAACACCACAGCGGACGCGUAUGCUAUCUCAAGGCAGUGGGCAUCUACGACUACGCCAAUCGAUCCAAACAACCACCAAUAUACCGAUCUUGCAUCUCAAUUUGCAUUCCGUGCGAGCUCUCUCGCUUUCCACACUUUGAUCAUCAUCCUCGGUCAAGCCGGCGACCCAAACUUACACCCAUCCGUACAUGCCUCGAUGGCAUUUGUGUGGUGCCUGACACUCAUCCCAGCGGCUAUCCAACGACUCGAGCCGCUGGUUCCAUGGACGAUACUCGCAAACUACUUGAACACUUUACUACGGCCCGAUAUCAACAUUGCAAAGAUUGAAGAUGAAUCUUUCCCCCGAAUUGAAGACACAACUUCUCAACAGCUACCGGAGGACUUUUUGAUUAGAGGACAGACAUGGAGCCGACUUUAUUACCCGGGGAAAUUCUUCGAGGAGACGGCUAUAGAGGACGACAGACCGUUGAUUGGGGAGCCGUCGACAAUGCUCCCUAGAAGACACAGAUGUUUGUGGCUUGGAGUGCGGAUUGCAACUUUCUCUCGGUGGAUGACAUAUGACCAGACUCGACUGUUCACGCCUACCAGACUGGCACAUGAAUUCGCGCCAAUUGCUCAAUCUACUGAUCACCUCAGUGGAAAUAUUUACUUGGUACCUGGCCCUGUCAACCAGGAGAUGGAGGGGGUUUGA